AUGUCUUCCACGAUGCUAUCAAGGGAAAGGAUGAGAAUGGCAAUGAUAAAGAAAGAAAAUCUUAAUCAGAUUGGAGCAACUGUCCCAGCUAAUGUUCCAGCUAUAGUUCCUGGAACUUCAGCAUCCCCAAGUGGAGCAUCAAGUGUUGCGGGAAGCGUUAACACACCAUUGCGACUUGCUGGUACUACAGGUAAUAAGAUGAUGCAAGUUCCUUUGGGAAUGCAGCUCAUGCGGACUCCAACUCAAGGUGGCAGCACCGUUACUGUCACUUAUUCUAUGAAUGCUAACGUUGAGAUUGCGUUCAGUGGAAUGCAACUCAGCCAACAAGGCUUCAGUGGUGCUCAAGUGCGCCAAGGAUUUGAUGCAACUCAAGCUUGA